AUGCCGACGAAAAAGAAAGGAAAGAAUCAACAGGCGCAGGCUCCUGUGCCUCAACCACCAAGGUCCACAACACCACCUCCGUUGGAACAGUCUCAACGCAACUUUGAAGAAGAACUCGCCGGCUACCCGGAAGUCCAGCGUAACGAGUUCCUCACCACAAGAGCAAUCUAUCCUGACGAGUUCCAGCGUAUUCGGGGCAGAAAGGAUGCGUGGAAGACUCAGGAGAAUUUAGCCUUUCAAGUUCGAGUCUCACCACUCGAAAGUCGUGACUACUUUGUCAAACUCAUCUUCGAGUUUCCCCGCGACUAUCCAAAGGUGCUCCCGAAGAUUAACAUUGUUGAGGUUGAGCCAAAAGACCCCAACCUCAGAAAGCAAAUUGAGGACAUUAUCGCCACCAACCAGAAACAAAACCAAGGAAGCGAGAUAGUCUACGUGGUCAACACUGCCAUCAUGGACUUCCUCGAUCAGUUUGUCUCGGACAAGGCUGCCAAGAAAACCGAGUUCAGCCUUGAAGAAGAACGUGCCGCCCAAGAAGCUUUGGCUAAGAAAAAUCUCCAAGAGAAAGAAGAAAGCGCACGGAGACAACAGGCGGAAGAAGCCGAGGAGAAAGAAAAGCUGCUGUAUUCUCAAGUCGAGAGCGAGAAACAACGUCGCCAGAAGUCCAAUCUCUCUCGCACAGCGACUGGGGAAGAUGGUGCAGUGCUCUACGAUUCACCCGAAGAACAAACCCGGUUUGACCAGUCCAUGACCUGCAAAGACACAGUCACAAAUGCCCCAUUCAAGUUCAAGGCUGUUUCAGGCAGAGCUGUCAUUCUAAGACGGAAAGACAAGAAAAUCACCAUCGUCUCCCCCCGAGUGGACAGCGAGCUUGUACAAGCUCCGCAGCUCCUACUCAAGGACAUCUACAUUCCCGAGACGGCAAAUACAAGAGCUCAGAUGCAGAAAUGCAUGGAGAUAGUUGAAGAAGACCUGGAAUUCUCAAAGGAACAUCAUCACGAAAAUGUCGUUGACUUGAUCAAUUACAAGAUUGAGCAUAUCGCCCUUGAGGAUGGUACAGGCCAGUGGAGCCUUGCAGUCCUCUCCGAAUUUGCCGACAAAGGAUCUCUUGAUGAUCUUCUUGAGCUUUCUGGACCGCUCAGCCCGACAAAAGUCCGGACUUGGACUCGGGAGCUUGUUGAUGCCCUCGUAUUUUUCGACAAACAUGGCUAUGUCCAUCCCGCGGUGCAUGCUGGUAAUGUCAUGCUUUUCAUAUCGCCCAAGAGAGGGGUUACAGUCAAGCUGUCAGACGGCUAUGGGACAAAACUUCGAGAACUUGUUGAUGCAGUAAGAGACAAGUCUCAUACGAAGACGGAUGAGCUGCCUCUCUGGAUCGCUCCCGAGCUCAACAACGAGUCGCCAGCACGCACGAACAAGACCUGCAUUUGGGAUCUCGGCGUGAUCGUGAUGCAGAUGGCUUUGGGUAAAGGAGUCAAAUCCAAAUACACUUCCCCUGCAGAUGUGCUCGAUGAUGUCGAUUUCGAAUCUAGUGCUCAAGGACUACUGCAAGAGAUGUUUCGAUCCAAUCCCAACCGUCGCCCUUCAGCCUUUCAACUCUCGAGCAAGAAAAUCUUCUUCGAAGAAAAUGACAACCUCUUCCGAACGCAGUCCCUGACUCUCCCUGUUACCCCAGGCCGUGUAAGACGCUACAGUGACAGACUUGGAAAUUCCAGGUAUCGAAACGAAUGGGAAGAGUCUGCUGUACUUGGGCAAGGGGGCUACGGCAAAGUCGUCCGUGCCAGGAACAAAUUAGAUGGUCAGUUUUACGCCGUCAAGGAGAUCAAGAGUCAGUCCAUAAAGGAACUCGAAAACAUUCUACGGGAAGUUGCCCUUCUUGCGAAACUCAACCACCCGAAUAUUGUCAGGUACUACAAUGCCUGGUAUGAGACCGCACACGAAGAAGUGGAAGAGCCACAUCAUCGAGCAGUCCCGACGAGAUCGAUCCCCCAGACGGCCCCUUUAAGUCUUGGUCAUGAUUUCAUGGAACCAUCAAUCUAUCGCAACCAGGGUGCAGAAUUCAGCGAUUCCGACGAUGGUAACCUGUUUGCUUAUCAAGACCCACCUUCUAUUGAUGCAGACGACGGUUUUGAUGACGACCCAUUCCAAAGUGAUCCAGAACCAGAGAGAGAGCAAGACCAGGGGACUAGUGAUCCUUUCGAACGGUCAAAUGCCCCAGAGCCAGGAUCCGGAGAAAAUGCAAAUCCAUUCCAGAGCGAGGACUCUCCACAGGUGGCUGUAAGUCAUGUCCGGACACGCCCGCCUCCAAACAACGAACCAUCCGUAUUGUACAUUCAAAUGGAGUUAUGCGACGGGCGAACAUUGCGUGAUCGUAUCAACGGAGGUCUGCCAAAAGAUGUCGAUGCUGGCUGGCGGUUGUUUCGACGCAUACUUGAAGGACUCGCCUACAUCCACAGUCAUGGCGUUGUACACAGAGAUCUCAAACCUGACAACAUCUUUCUCGACUCACAUGACACUCCCAAAAUUGGCGACUUCGGACUUGCAGGAUACGGACAAGCAACUUCUAAGCCAGACCUUUCGCUUUCGAGACCAGCCAUGGUCACGGUUUCGUACCACAUUGGCACUGCAGGGUAUAUGCCUCCUGAGCUUGAACGGACUGGAAGCAGCUACGAUUCGCGCGCGGACAUGUACUCCCUUGGAGUCACGUUCUUCGAGAUGUGUUUCUCCUUCAGCACGAAGACCGAAAGAAGCAUCUACUUGGAAGCGAGACUCAAAGAAAACCCACCACAGCUACCCCAGCUCUUCAAGGAAGAAAGCCAUCAGAAACAAGGUGACAUAAUUGCGCGGCUAAUCGAUCAUGAUCAAACUCGCAGACCAACCGCCUCGAUGCUCCUCAACAGUGGCGUGAUCCCAGAACCUCUCGAGGACGAGAAAUUCCAACGCUACAUUGAUAGAAUGGCGGCAGAAAAUCCCGGUGAAUACCAAGCACUGAUUACGAAGCUAUUCGCAAACCCGAACAGCCCUGUUGCGAGUCUUGCUUGGGAAGACAAGUCAACCACUGGCACAGCCUCUGUCGACUCGAUGCUUUGGAUAUCUGCUUGCGAUCAGCUAAAAUCCAUCUUUCGCCGACAUGGAGCAGUGGAAGUCGGACGACAAAGUAUCUUCCCAAAAGCCGAGUUCUACCCACAUGCAGCAACUUUCCUCGAUUCUUCAGGCUUGGUGGUCCAGCUUCCAUACGAUCUGACGCUCCCUUUUGCUCGCACACUUGGACAGACUUCACCAACCUACAGCAAGACCUACUGCUUUGGAACCGUGUACCGCGCUGCAGCACCAGGCUCACAGCCGAGGCAAUUCCCUGAAGUUGACUUUGACUUCGUAUCGAACAGUGCAAAGGACUUGCCAUUGAAGGAAGCAGAGGUUAUGAAAGUUCUUGAUGAAAUCCUCACCGAAUUCCCUGCUCUAGCCGCACGCUGCUGGACAAUCUACAUUAAUCAUGCCGACUUGCUCGACCUUAUCCUCGACUUCUGCCGGAUCAAACCAGUUGAAGCUGCCGACGUCAAACGGGCUCUCUCACAUCUCAACACCCAGGGACACGGGUGGACACAAAUACGUGAAGAGUUACGCAGCCCCGCCAUCAACAUUCCAGAGACGUCUGUGACGGAUCUGAAGCGGUUCAACUUUGACGGCGACUUGGAGAAGGUGCGCGCCAAGUUGUCCAAGCUGUUUGGUGACUCCGACCAUUUCAGCAAGGCGUUGCCAUUACUUGGCCGCCUCGAUGAGGUCACAAAGUACCUCCAGCGCAUGAACGUCCAGACACAGAUCCUCAUCGCGCCACUCAGCAACAAUUCUGAGUAUCUCUACCGGCGGUCGCUGCUCUUCCAGUGCGCAGACAGCGCUUCUCGACGUGUGCUGGCGGUUGGCGGGCGGUACGACGCCCUGGUCCAAGAAUAUCAGACCAAGUCUGACAAAGGCAAUACCCGCGCGGCGGGUUUCCGCCUCAACAUACUGGACCUGAUCGGUUACGUCCGUGGCCAGAUCUCCCAGGCCGGCAAGUCGUCUAAGAUGACGGCGACCGCGGCUGCAGAGUCGAAGCCAGUGGCCAGGAGAUGCGAUAUCCUGGUCACCAGCUUCGACGCCAACGCGUUGAAGACAUCGUGCGUGGAGGUCUUGUCGUCGCUGUGGGCCGCUGGGCUCAGUGCAGAGCUCUCUGGGGAGUUCCACUCCUUGGAGGAGCUGGAGAUGGCUUACGGCAGCCAGAAUGCCGGAGGACACUGGCUGGUGAUUGUGAGGGGAGGGGCCCUUGGGGAGAGGACCUUGAAGGUCCGGGGUCCCUCUCGCUCAGAGGACGAGGUCAAAGCUGGGGAGUUGGCGGGAUUCUUGCGUCUGAAGAUGGCGAAGAAUAGAUAG